GCGGAUGGCGAUGGUUCGACCGAUGAGGAGCUUGAGCAAGAGGCGGUUACGAGUGCAUGUCAACUAGCGGUUCGAUAUGUCAACCAUUCUCGUCGGCCCGAAGCCCCAAAAAAUAAAAGAGGCUAUGUUGAACGAGACCGACGCGCGGCACACGAGCGUUUGAUGAAAGACUAUUUUGACGAGGCGCCGACAUUUUCAAACGAAGUUUUUAGGCGUCGUUUCCGGAUGAGUAAACGGUUGUUUCUACGCAUAGUCAACGACUUGGAAGCCAACUACGAUUAUUUUAAACAAAAACCGGAUGCGAGAGGGUACCUUGGAUUCACCGGUAUCCAAAAGUGUACGUCGGCAUUACGAAUCCUUGCUUAUGGUAACACUACCGACAUCAACGACGAGUAUCUAAAAAUGGCGGAGAAAACAACACGAGAUAGCUUGGAACAUUUUUGUCGCGGUAUAAUUGAUGUGUACGGUGCGCGUUAUCUUAGAACGCCUACAUGGGAGGACCUUCAAAAGAUCUACGAGGUACAUAAUGCUAUAAUUGGAUUAAAAGAAGAUGGUCUUGGAAACUCCUAUUCUGCAACAACCAACCUUCAGAGUGGUGAAUGGUGA